UUCGGCUAAUUGCAAAGAAAAAAGUGCAAUAAAGAUAUUUUUAGAAGAAAAAAAGAACGUAAUUUUAUCUGUAUACGUGGUACUGCAUGUGGGGCGUAUAUUUUAGGUAUUUAAGAAGCCACACAGCGUUCUCCUCGACAUAAUCCAACCUACACUGUUCACGAUGAUCAAAAUGAAUAGAAUGCUUGCUCUCCUCAUUGCAGUUUUCGUAUUGAACGGAAUUGUAACAACCACAACACUCAGAGAGUCAACUAAACCAGCGGUAACUCGACGAUCUGGUAAAUGUGACAUGGAAGGUCCAACGCCAUGUAAACAUGGAGAAUUCUAUGCAGAUACAUGCAACAAGCAUGCAUACUAUCAAUGUGUGUGGAAGAAACCUGUGAACAUGCCAUGUUCGGGGAGUCUAGUAUGGAACCAAGCAAUAAAAACAUGCGACUGGCCAUGAAGUUAUUUUAAUACUUGACUUUGGAAUGUUAGAUUGAGAACAUUUGAUUAAGUACAAACUGUAACUGAAGCAUGAGUAACUUCUGUACAGAAUAAUAAAAAUAAUUUGAAAAUUU